GCCAGACAGCAGUGUAUAGAGGUGUGUCUGUCCUCCUUCAGUCAGUACAGGAAAGAGCUCACUGCCAGCAACUAUUGCUUCUUCACCAGCAUGGCAAAAUGGAAACUGUGCUUUGUUCUGCUCCUGCCACUGAUAGUGUGUUUUGACAGUGAAGUGACUCUAGUGAAAACCAUCAGCAGUGAACCAGAUGUGACUCCAAUAUGCACCAAUGCAACACUUAGUCCCAUCAUAUUUAUACUGUGUAAGAUCAGUACAGUGAUGAGCAGUGGAGAAGAGUGUAUCCUGUCUUAUCGAUAUGCCGAAGGGUUUGAGCAUGGAUGUGACUCCAGGUUCACACUUGUGGCAAAGAAUCAGACUGUGUUUCUCCAUCUGAUCAAUCUAACACCAGUGGAUAGUGGGGACUGCACCUGUGAGUGUACACAUCAUGGUGGAAUAGAGAUUGUCCAUCUGAAUAUCACUGUGGAAGAGGACGAAGGCACCAGCAGUUAUACACGCAUAUUGAUCCCAAAUGUUCUGAUUGGUCUAACUGCAGUCCUCAUUAUAACUGGAGUUAUCUUUGGGUCUAUCUGCAGAGGAAUACAUCAUGGAUGCUGUUCAAGAUCCGCCACAUCUGGAUUAUCUGAAACUCCCGGCUCUUUAGAUGGAGAUGACCCCUACACAAGCCUCCAGCAGCCAGCGAGUGAUCUCUACCAAACUAUCUCAGAUUCAGCAAACAGCACUGCCUGUCUGCAUAACUACGAAAUAGAUGGAGUAGAGACUGAUCCAAGUUGUGACAUCUAUGAAAACAUUUCAAGUAACGAAUCAACAUAACAUAAUUAACAGCAUCAGGACUGUGACUUGUGUUUGCACUUGCUAGGAACUUACAUGCUGUGUCAUUACCAAAAUCUUUCUUCAAAAUACGAGCUCAGUAUUACAUGUGUCAUCUAUCACAUGGGGCAGGUAUUUUCCAAUAAUCUCAACACCUCCAAAUCUUUGAAGUUGUUGUUGGGUGUGGCUUCUUUGUUCAGAAGUAUACUCUGUAUAAAAGUGCUGCAGUGGCUGGUAACACAGGAAAUACAAUAAAAUAUGUAAAAUAUAACCCUCUCCUGUAGGACUGUUUAAACACACAUACACCUUGUUUUGACUUGAAGCCUUUCUGAUGGUCACGGUAAUAUCAAAAUGACACCUUUAUAACUACGGACAGAAUCACUGUGGCGCUGCACUAUUAGAUUUAUAGUUAAACACGGUGGUCCAACCUAUCUGAUGUUUCUGUUGUGCUUAUUUUGUAUACUGUGUUGCUUUGCUUACGUCUUUGCUAAACCAAAUCUACCAGCACAGAAGGUAAAGGUGCAUUUUCUUUAUGCUGCGAAGUCAGAAUUUCUGAGUUCCCAGUCGGAAAUCGGAGGAACCUCUCCAACCCCAACGUCCAAAUCCAAUAUGGCUGCUCCGCUCAUCAACAGUAGUGAAAACUGUAGUUAUAAACUGUUUAUUAUCAUUUCUAUCUUAUAUCUGUCUCAUUAAAAGACAUACACAUGGUCCUGUCCAACUUCUAUUUGUGGUUAUAUUCCUAUAUGCACAAAAAUACAUAAUGCAUUGUAAUCAGCUGGUACAGCUAACAAUGGCUAACCUGGCUUGGAACGGGACUCAGAAGUUAUUCUGAGUUGAGCUUCUUACCCUAAAAAUGUGAUAUAUUACUCAACCUCCACGACUGAGAAUGACUCACCUUUGGUCGGGUGUGUUUCCUAGAGCUUCGCGUUGCUGUGCUGUCGGUGAUAGUAGCCGAUGUGUUUCAGACUGGAGGUUUGAAGACGUGUUUUGCCACUCAGCAACAGUUACUAUACUAGAUGUUUAUCAGAUAGUGCUGUCGUGAUCAUAUUUUUUCUGUUUUAGCUUCUCUGCACUGGCUCCCUGUAUAUCCAGAACUGAAUUUAAAAUCCUACUGUUAACUUAUAAAGCUCUAAAUGGUCAAGCUCCGUCAUAUCUUAGAGAGCUCAUAGUGUCAUAUUAUCCCACCAGAACACUGCGCUCUGAGAACGCAGGGUUACUCGUGGUCCCUAAAGUCUCCAAAAGUAGAUCAGGAGCCAGAGCCUUCAGCUAUCAGGCCCCUCUCCUGUGGAAUCAUCUUCCUUUUGCGGUCCGGGAGGCAGACACCGUCUCCUCAUUUAAGACUAGACUUAAGACUUUCCUCUUUGAUAAACCUUAUAGUUAGGGCUGGCUCAGGCUUGCCCUGUACCAGCCCCUAGUUAGGCUGACUUAGGCUUAGUCUGCCGGAGGACACCCCUAUAAUUCACCGGGCACCUUCUCGCCUUCUCUCUCUCUCUCUCUUUCUCUCUCUUCUCUCUCUCGUAUCCUAUUACUGCAUCUAGCUAACCCGGCCAUUCUGGAUGUCACUAACUCGGCUUCUUCUCCGGAGCCUUUGUGCUCCACUGUCUCUCAGAUUAACUCAUAUCACAGCGGUGCCUGGACAGCGUGACGUGUGGGGUUGUGCUGCUGCCGUGGUCCCGCCAGAUGCCUCCUGCUGCUGCUGCCAUCAUUAGUCAUUAGUCAUACUUCUUCUGUUAUUAUACACAUAUGAUUAUUGUCACACAUGUAUACUGCCAGAUAUUAAUACAUACUUUCAACAUAUUGUACCGCAGUAACCAGAACUAUAACUAUAAUAUUAUUACUUUCAACAAUGUUGUUGUAAGCUACUGUCAUUACCUGCAUCUCUCUCUCUCUCUCUCUCUCUCUCUCUCUCUCUCUCUCUCUCUCUCUCUCUGUCUCAUUGUGUCAUAUGGAUUACUGUUAAUUUGUUAUGCUGAUCUGUUCUGUACGACAUCUAUUGCACGUCUGUCCGUCCUGGAAGAGGGAUCCCUCCUCAGUUGCUCUUCCUGAGGUUUCUACCGUUUUUUUUCCCCGUUAAAGGGGUUUUUUUGGGAGUUUUUCCUUAUCCGCUGCGAGGGUCAUAAGGACAGAGGGAUGUCGUAUGCUGUAAAGCCCUGUGAGGCAAAUUGUGAUUUGUGAUAUUGGGCUUUAUAAAUAAAAUUGAUUGAUU